CGGUCGGUCAUGCGGAAGUGGUAUCAAAACAGUAAUGGUCGCCAUGUGGUAUCUACGGUUUAUGGUUGCAUAUUAACUGUUUAAAUGUUUAGAUCGAUUAGAAAACAGAGUUGUUGAUUUUCGGUGAAAAAAAGAGAAACUUUGGAUUGUAAAAAUGGAAGAUGUUGAAUUGGGUGCAGAAUCUACGGGAUGGACGCGGGAAAACCUGGAGAAGCUCCUUGCUUCGCUGAAAGACAAGAUCCCAGAGAACGAGAAUAAGCACACUUAUAUCCAGGGACUGAAAGCUGUAGACUGGGAUAAAGUUGCAUUCCCUCCCUUUUCUGCAGAGGAAUGCCAAGAGAAGUGGAACAGUAUGAUGGGGAUGAUGCGCAGAUAUCGCAGCCUCCCAGAGCUCCUUGAUGAAGCUGAAGCUGUGUUUUCUCACCGUGCCAGCCUCGUAGAUAUCCACCCAGAGCACCCAAAACCACCCACUCCUCCAAAAAUGCGUUAUGUUUGGAAGAAAAUGUCCAAGUAUAGGAAAAAACAUCCAGAUGUGACCAUAGGACAGAUUGUGAAGAUAUUAUCCAAGAAGUAUGAAACCCUCCCAGAUGAAAAGAAGGACAAAUAUGUGCAGAAGCACCUUCUUGAAUGUGGUGAAUAUAGCAGAAAGAAGUUGACUUUUUGUCAAGAGAACCAUCUGCCGUUACCUAGGAGCGCCCUUGACAAUGGCGGGGAAGGCUGCAGUAGAGACGAAGGCCCGCCUGAGAAGCCUCCUCCACAUGGCCGUGCUCUGUUCCUCAAAGAACUAUCUAAAGCAGACAGGGCUGCGUUUGGAAAUAGGCUUUUGAAGGUCAUGAGUGAACGCUGGAAAGAAAUGAGUGAAAACGAGAAGCAGAAGUACAAGAGGCGAUGUGAAAAGAUGAAGAGAGAGUAUAAUGCCAAGCUGAUUAAAUAUCUAGAUCGGUUCAAUGAGGAGGAGAAGCAGAGAUUCAUGGCGGCGAACAAAAUCAAAUUGUCAAAGAAACCUUUGGACCGAUACAUGAGACGACCAGGCGAGCCGACGAUGCCCGCCCGAUCUGGAUUUAUAUAUUUUUUCAAGGAGCAGUCAGAACACCUGAGUAAGAAUAUACCACAUAAAGAGCGUAUGGGCAUGGCCAGGAAACUCUGGUAUGCCCUUUCUGCGAAGGAGAAGCGCCGUUACGGCAAAAUAAUCCAGGAGAACUUGGAAAAAUACAGAGAAGACCUGCAAAACUGGUUCCAGACGCUGACUCCUAAAGAGAAGGGGGAUUACUUGAAGAGAAAACCCAGCAUGGAAGUAUACCUUAAAACAAGUACGCAUGUGAAAAGGUCUCUUAAACAACCUUCAGAGGAGGAGGGAGAAUAUGAAGAGGAUGAUGAUGAGGUGCAUUAUUAACAACGGACUGAUCUGCUGCACGUCUAACCCAGACUGAGGAUUCUCAAUCAGCUGGUUCCUGUAAUGGAUGCCAAGAAGAAAAUACAACAAGUGACUCUAACCUAGGAUCGUUUGACCUGUUGAGAGGCCUGGCUGCGUCAAGUUUUUGCAGGCCUGGACUUCAUGCAAUAAAUUUCAACACAAUGACACGCUUGGUAAUCUUUCUGCUUUAAGAGAGUGGCUCCUUAUAAUAACUCACUUCUCUGUUGGGAACAUAUAAGCCUUUGGCCUGGACUUUGCUUAUAAUGUGUCGUCGACCAUCUGCAGAGCAUGACAAGACCCUUGAAUUUCAACAUAUUUCUGUGCCAUUCAUUUAAAAAAAAUUAUAAUUUUGGGAGGUAAAAAUCCCACAAACCAACUUUGGAUCACAUAAAGCUACAGAUGUACCUGCUGCUUUAUUAAAGCCCAAUACUAAUAUCUUUAUUUUCCUUUUUAAAUGUUUCCAUAUAGCACAUUAGAUUAAAGCUGAAUGAUCCAGGAUAUAAAUCACCAUCUUAACAGGGUGUUCUCUUUUAUUUCCACUGGAAAGAUCAAAGUCAGGAAUGUGCAUGUUUCAUCUGCUGUGUUACGUUGAGCUACUGCUCUGAAAUACUCGAUAAGAAACUGAACGCAUCAAGGAAGGUAGUACACAAAGUUGUUUUUUUUUUUUU